ACAGCAGCAGGUGUGUAUUUCAUCAGCCGGGCUUCACUGACGAAGAACAGGUUCUUCUCAGACUCUCAACUCUUCCGAGAUACACCAAAUCAAACAUAUUUUACAGAAUGUGUGGUAUAUGGGCUUUGUUUGGAAAUGAUGAGUGCCUCUCGGCUCAGUGCACCAAUGCCAUGAAGAUCGCCCAUCGUGGUCCGGAUGCUUUCCGCUUCGAGAAUGUCAACGGAUUCACCAACUGCUGCUUUGGGUUUCACCGCCUUGCUAUUGUGGACCAGCUGUAUGGCAUGCAGCCUCUGCGUGUCAAGAAGUUUCCCUACCUCUGGUUGUGUUACAACGGUGAAAUCUACAACCACAUCAGGCUAAAGGAGCACUUUGAGUUUGAAUAUCAGACCAAAGUGGAUGGUGAGAUCCUUCUGCACCUGUACGAUCGCUUUGGAAUCGAGAAGAUGCCAGCUCUGCUAGAUGGCGUGUUUGCAUUCAUCCUGUUGGACACUGCUAACAGAAAGGUUUUCUUGGGGAGGGACACGUACGGUGUGAGACCACUGUUUAAACUGCUCACUGACGAUGGCUUUCUAGCAGUCAGCUCUGAGGCCAAAGGUUUGACAGAGAUCACCACCCCCAUGUCCACCCCUGCAAAGAUCACCCCCUUCCCCCCAGGACACUUUGAGGAGUUUGACUUGAAGCCCACUGGAAAAGUGAAGUCUGUUCAGAUGGAUCGCUUCCACUGCUGCACAGAUGAACCUAAACACGCCUCAUAUAACAACCUUCAGGGCCUUGCCACAGGCUUUGAAUUGGAGACGGUCAAGAGCAACAUCAGGAUCCUGUUUGAAAAUGCUGUAAAGAAACGCUUGAUGGCUCACAGAAGAAUCGGCUGCCUCCUCUCAGGUGGUCUUGAUUCCAGUCUGGUUGCUGCGACACUCGUGAAACUGGCCAAAGAAGAAAAGCUUGAGUAUCCCAUUCAGACAUUUGCCAUCGGUGCAGACGACAGCCCAGAUCUUCUUGCUGCCCGCAAGGUGGCAGCCUACAUCGGCAGCGAACACCAUGAGGUGAACUUCACGCCUGAGGAGGGGAUCCGCGCGGUGGACGAAGUCAUCUUUCACUUGGAGAGUUAUGACAUCACCACUGUGCGUGCCUCUGUUGGAAUGUUCCUGAUAUCAAAGUACAUCCGUGAGAAGACAGACAGCGUUGUGAUUUUCUCAGGAGAAGGUUCGGAUGAGCUGACACAAGGAUACAUCUACUUUCAUAAGGCGCCGUCCCCUGAAGCGGGCGCUGAGGAAAGUGUUCGUCUGCUGAAAGAGCUUUAUCUGUUUGAUGUGCUGAGAGCGGACAGAACCACAGCUGCACACGGACUGGAGCUGAGAGCGCCUUUCCUGGACCACAGAUUCACCGCAUACUACCUCUCUCUGCCUGCAGAGAUGAGAGCCCCGAAGAAUGGUGUGGAGAAGCAUCUCCUGAGGGAAUCGUUUAAAGGGAUGAAUCUUAUCCCAGAUGAGAUUCUCUGGAGAAGGAAAGAAGCCUUCAGUGAUGGGAUGACAUCCUUGAAGAAAUCCUGGUAUGCAAGCCUGCAGGAGCACAUCGAGUCUGAGGUGAACGACUCUCAGUUGGAGAAGGCUGAGAAGCUGUUCCCUUUCAACCCCCCCAAAACCAAAGAAGGCUUCUACAUAAGGCAGGUCUUUGAGAAGAAGUACCCCGGCCGCAGCGACUGGACGCCACAUUACUGGAUGCCCCGCUGGAUCAAGGCCACCGACCCCUCAGCCAGAACCCUGUCCAUCUACAAGCCUGAUAAAGACGAGUAAUCGCAUCAUUAUUCAGACCUUGACCAAAGAUUGCAUUCUUACAGCAUACACAUCUGCCUCAUGGAGCUGGUUCAAAGUUUAUGAUGCUACCUUCCUCUGUUAAAUGAGCUAAAUUCAUUUUUAGAUGAAUAGUUUGACUUUUUUUUUUCUAAAGAGAACUGAAUUGUUAAUACUGCUGCUCAGUUCUUCACAGAAGUAUCUUUUAAAAAUGAAAGGCCCUGUCCCACUGCCUUUAAGUCCAGUGUAUUUAUAUAAAAUAUAUUCCUUUUCAGAUUUCUUCAUUAAGCUUUAUUUUGACACAGAAUCUAAAAAGAUUUGGUAACCGAAGCACAGUAUAGCUGUUGGUUUUAUGAUUCCACUAUAAAUACUAUUUUUGUUACUGCAUUAAAACUUAACAUUAGCCAACAUUGUCAACAAAAUGGUUUUAUACAAAGAUUGUGAAAGCUUGAAGGGGAUCCAUAAGAUUUUAAGAUCAGAGGUGCAUUUCCCAAAGCCAAUUAUGGUCACAAUUUCUGUCGUUACCAAUAGAGCUCGAUCAAACUUGCAAACAAAGUUGACUAAAGAUAAUUUUGGAAAUGCACCCCUGGGCUGGAAAAGUUUUUGGUUUGAUUCUUACAGGCCAUGAACUACUUCCAUUUUGCACUUGAGCUAAGCACUUACUCAUGUUCCUUCAGUGGGACUGUGCCUUUGAGUUUUUUGUAUGCGUUGAGUUAGUUAUUUGACAAAUUAGUAAUUGGUUGGCUAGUUAAACUGCUUUUAACCAGUGAAAUUAAAGGGAUGAUCCACACAAAAAAAAGUAAAUUUCUUAAAGUUAAAUGCCUCACACUGGCAAGUAAGAUCAAGCAUUUAUCCUUAUGGGGAGUUAGUUUCUUUAUUGUUUAUUUGGUGCACUAUAAUCUUGCAAAGAUAAUAAUCAUUUUGGAUUUCAUUAAUGAGAUGGAUGUGUAUGUAACAUGAGUGUGUAAAGCAUCUUCAGCCUCCUGCACUGACUAGUCAAAGACUUUUCAGUUAUUGAUUUAAAAGAUCUGGUCAUGGUGUUAAUAAAAA